CUCCAUCCGCCUGCAUGUUAAUGUUAACUCCCGGAAGUGGUGCCCUCCAUCCGCCUGCAUGUUAUUGUUUCCCCUCACUGAUGAAAGUAGCUCAUUUCCAGUCACGCAGUCCUUUCCCCUGCGUGGACGAUGUGGAGAUAAGUUUCUUCACUGAAGAACAUUUGUUGUUCGCCAGCCGGCAGCUGGACAGAUGCGGUGUGAUACCCUGGCAGCAUCUGGAUCAAAGCUGAGCUGGAAGUGAGGUGCUAGCUGUGACAUGUCCAGGCCAGGCAGGACGUGGCGGUACGUGUGGGGAGAAAUACAGCGGGAUGCUGGCGCCAGAGCGACGGCGGUGGCCUCUGAAAGUGAGGAAUGGGGCUAUGAGCGCCUGGAGGGCAGUGACUCGGAGUCCGAGGCCGACUACUCGGCAGUGAUGGUGCCUCCGGUCCCCAGUGCCGUGCCCGUGACCGGAGAGUCCUACUGCGGCUGCGACUACCAGGCGGAGAGCAUCCAUCAUCGGCGGGGAUUUUACCAAGUCAAAGGAUGUCACUGUGGAGAAGAAGACCAAGACUUUGAGUGGGUGUGGGACGACAGCAGCCGCUCCACGGCCACGCUGCUGAGUGGCGACCAUCGCGAAGUCAACUUCCACUCCGAGUACAGCUGUGGGACCGCUGCCAUCCGCGGCUCCAAGCAGCUGGGGGAGGGGCAGCACUUCUGGGAGAUCAAGAUGACCUCGCCUGUUUAUGGAACUGACAUGAUGGUGGGCAUCGGCACCUGCGACGUCAACCUAGAAAAAUACAGACACACCUUCUGCAGCCUGCUAGGGAAAGACCUGGACAGCUGGGGCCUGUCCUACACUGGGUUGUUGCACCACAAAGGAGACAAGGUCAACUUUGCUUCCCGCUUCGGCCAGGGCUCCAUCAUCGGGCUGCACCUGGACACCUGGCAUGGCACGCUCACCCUCUUCAAGAACCGCAAGUGCAUAGGUGUUGCUGUCAGCGACCUCCACAAUAAAAGCGUGUACCCCAUGGCGUGCUCCACGGCAGCCAAGAGCAGCAUGAAGGUGAUCCGGUCCUGCUGGGUGCCCACCUCCCUCUUGUACCUGUGCUGUGCCCGCCUGCGCCACCUGCUGCCAGACUGUGUCCACACGCUGGACGCUCUGCCGCUGCCACCCGGGCUCCGCCUGCUGCUCUGCAACAAACUGGGUUGGCUGCUCAACCUCCACAGUGUGGCCCCAGAGGACCUCUCCACUCUGCCUCCCUCAGCGGGGCCGUCUUCCUGCCAGAGCGACUCGGAGGGUUGUGUGUCCGACCCCGAGGCCUGCCAGAGGAAGAGAUGCCGCUGGACUUGAGCCAGGCAGACCACGCUCUGGACGUGUGCGCGGCCCGUCCGCCAGUGUUCAAGGACGUCACUGAGGAAGCAGCACGUCGCCAUGGAAACGUCUUCAUUCCAGUCAGUGUUGCCGGCAGAAGGGUGCAUAAAGAAGUAGUCAUGCUAUGCAAACACCAUUGUGGACAUAAGUGGACUGUAAGUACUUCAUCAACUCUUUCACAUCUUCACCUAGCAACAUUAGUCUUUCUCACAACUUGUCUCUUAGUUACAAUCUUUUACAACACUUGUGUGUCUAUAUUCAUGCCUCCACUGCCGUUAUAUUCAAAGAAAAAUGUUAUCUUUUUACUUUACUCUGUGUGUGUAUAUAUAUAUAUAUACAUAUAUAUAUAUAUAUAAAUAAG